UUGGUCGCCGCACAUGUAGCUAUGUAUAUCGACAGUGUGUACCAUACAGGCCAAGAUACAGAUACAGGUAUUCUUCCGAGAUCACGGGAACAAGUCGGGACAGAUACAGGUUCUAACGUCGAAAAUGGCUGACAACUAGGAGUUGCUGUACUGGUCUUUGGCCGGAAGGGGUGAAUUCGUGCGAGUAAUAUUUGUGGAGGCUGGGGUUGAAUUCAAAGAUACUGAUGAUAGGCAGGUUGUAGCCGAAAAGGUGAAGGAGGGUAAGCUAGGAGGAUUCCCGGUGAUGUUUCCACCUGUCAUAUGUAAUGGCGAUUUCCAUCUUUCUCAAACACCCACUAUAUGCAAAUACCUGGGCAAGAAGUUUGGGUUGUACCCUGAUAAUGAGGUAGACGAGUGGCAUGCUGAUCAGAUCAACACAACAAUUCACGACUACAUUGCGGAAGGAAGACUGUGUUUCCAUGGUAUCAACCCUACCAUGACGUAUUACAACCAGAAAGAAGAAACUAAACCGUACAUUGAACGAUUUGUCGCGGAGAGAAUUCCAAAAUGGCUCCAGCAUUUCGAAGAUGUGCUUCUGGCCAACAGCGGGGGAAAGGGCUUCAUUUUUGGGAACAACUUGACUUAUGUGGACCUGGGCUUAAUGCACGCUUUGAGGGCCACAGAAUCUCAGUUUCCAGACGCUUGGAAUAAUGCCGACUACAUACCAACUUUGAAGAGUUUCAAGGACAGAAUGUGUUCCCGGCCACGAUUGGCUGCUUAUUUUAAAUCGGACAAAUGUCGUGCUUUCGAAGGCAAUAGUAUGAUGUAAAUUGUCACAGAAAAUCAUCGAGUCAGUGCCAUGUUUUAACAGUGUAGAUGUGUGUUUGAUGUUUAUACAAUUUAUUUUAAUUUCUUAUCAAGAACAAUGGGUGCAUCAGUCUUUAAAACUGCUUUCCGGGGAUAUAAAUAAAAACAAAUGGACAGAACCAGACCGAAAUUCGACAGCUCAGUUUACACCUAGGGAGGAUUCCAUAAACAGACAGCAACCUUCACCUGUCGUGUGCCUAUACUUCCUCUUACCUGCCAUAACAUGUUCCCACUGUUGGACAUAUUUACUAUCGAUCGUAUCUUUAUGUAUUAUUUACACAUAAGACUUUCAAUUAAAACAAAUAAACACGGUACAGUAUUAUGUGUUAGAUAUUUUCCCAAUUAACUAAUGAAAUGAUGGAAUACUGUUAACUCUAAUUUACAUUAAAAAAAUAAAACAUUGAUUUUUACGACUGUUUCAUGUAUCAUUAUCAAUGCGGAUGAUUUGAUGUACUUGUUUGUCGCCUCAAAAGAUUUCUAUCCAGGAUACCAACACUGAGUAUAGGAUAUCUCUUGAUGAACGUGGAGUUCUAAUUGAUAA